GUAAAUUUUGGGGUGGGGAGAUAAAAACUUCUUUCUGUUAUCCUCUGGGGGUUGGAACUAAAAGUUCCACUUCCUGAGGCAGACAAUGGCUACUUCAACUUCUUGGGCACAGGAGAUUAUCACUUGUGACCUUUGUCCUAAGCCUACUCAGCAAUUUUGUAAUAACUGUCAAGUGAGUUUAUGUGUGGACUGCGUCGGUAAACACGUAGACAAGUUCAAGUCUCAAACACAUGACAUUGUUCAUUUCACCAAAAGAAAGAUACAACUGGUGUUUCCUGAGUGUAAGUUUCACUCCAGUCAGAGAUGUGAGGCUCAUUGUCAAGAAUGUGAUGUCCAUGUGUGUCUGAAAUGUAUUCUAAGUUCUCAUAGUGGGCACAAAAUUGUGGAAAUGCAAGAGAUUUUCAAUAAAAAGAAAACGGAAAUUGAAAAUGAAAUCAAAGAAACUGAAUCAACUAUUAUUCCCAAGUACGAGAAGAAGUUAAAGGAUACAGAGGGAAAAAUAUCUAAAAUAAAAGCUAAAUUUGAUGAACUGGAAAAGGAAACAGAAAAACACAGACAACUAUGGCACCAAGAAGUCGACACUAUCUUUAACAAACUGGGUUCCUUGAUCAAAUCCAUGAGAGAAAAUUAUCUCACUCAUAUAGAAUCUUACCAGACUAAGCUAAAUAACCUUAUUCCAGAUGUGGUCCAUACAGUUAAACAAACCAACGAAAUUCUGAAGGCAAACAGGGUGUCCGAAAUCAUCUGCCACAAAUCCAAACUGGAAAAAUACAGAAACAUACCUGCUGAUUUUGAGGAUGUCAACAUUCCUUCACUAAAUACAAAAACAGUCCAAGGGAGAGAACUCAGCAUAGACUUAGGAGAAUACAAGGCUAUAUUAACACAGCAGUCACGAUCUCAUCUGACAGGUGAAACGUCAUAUUCUUCCAGCAAAGAGCUGCUUAAAAAAGCCAAAGUUGUUGCUACCAUUCCGACUAGUGACAAGCCUACAUACAGUGUAGCUUGUUUAGGAGCAGAUGAAGCUUGGGUUAGUGGUCAGAAGAGAAUCAUAAAGCGACUUAACAUAAAUGGAUCUGAAGUGGACUCUGUCAUUGUCAGAGGCACAGGCCGAUUUAAGGAUAUCUCAGUGACAAUACAAGGAGAACUGAUAUACUGCGACUCCGAUAAUGAAACUGUGAACAUAGUCAGACAUGGGAAGACAGAGACACUUAUCGCCCUUCCAAAUGGCUGGUGUCCAUGGGGACUGUGUUGUACCAUGUCAGGAGAUAUCUUGGUCAGUAUGUCUUAUGACAAUUGUCUCCAGAAAGUUGUCCGAUAUCAAGAAGGAGCAGUAAAAUAUGAAAUUAAUAAAGAUGAGGAUGGCAUGCCGAUCCUUAGCAUAGGGGCAUAUAUAAAUUAUGUAGCUGAAAAUGGAAAUGGUGAUAUUUGUGUGUCUGACAGUAAUGCUAGAAAUGUGGUUGUGGCGGACAAAUCUGGGAGAGUUCGAUUUCGAUAUGACGGUUCACCAGCUAAAAGAAGAAAAUCACUUGAUCCUUUACAUAUUGCAACAGAUUCUAUGAGGCAAAUCAUAGUGGCAGAUGAAAAUAAUGACUGCCUACACAUCUUAGAUCAGAAUGGGCAGUUCCUGAUGUGUGUGGACAACUGUGGACUAUAUCAGCCUUGUGGAUUGAGUUUAGAUAGUACGGGGCGGUUAUGGGUAGGACUUAAAGGUUCAAAAGACUUGAAAGUUAUUCAGUACACGAGAUAAAAUGUAUUGCUUAUAAACUUCGCCAAAAAUCCAUGGAUGGAAAUGGACUUCAGAAAAAAGUUAUGGAAAAUUAAUUUCUAGCAUAUACCUUACAUCUGAAUCUGUAAAUAAUGCUAUAAACAUACUUGAUGUAAAAAUCACCCCUCUGUGCAUUGUGACUUUAUCGAGAAAAGAGCUCUAAGUUGACAUCAUAGAUGUUUGCCACAUUAUGCAAACCAUUUGCAAUGUUAUAAUUAAAUAUUUCAUUCGCUGAGUUUUUUUGUACUUAUCAAACUGUGAAAUUGAUUUGACCCCGAAUCCUAUCGAGUUUCGUGAAAUAAAAAUUGUUGCACAAUAAAAAAUAAUUUUAAGCUUCAAUUUGAGUCAAACUGAAGAAAAUAAUGAUGAUAAGAGUUAUCGUUCAUGGCUGAGGAGCGUAUAGCCUUAAUCUGACAAAGCAACAUGCAAAAAUUAAAGCCUUACCGUCAGA